CGCCCAGUAGCGUCAAAACUACCCAAAAAAAACGAAGAAGAAGAAAAGGCGGAAGAAGAAGAAUCGGUGGGAAAGUCGUGUUUGAGAAGGGCCGCGAUAGCAAUAAGGGCUUAAAAAGAAAAGAGAUACCACAAAAAUGCUUCCCCUGUCCCUGCUAAAGACUGCCCAGAACCAUCCUAUGCUGGUGGAGCUGAAGAAUGGAGAGACGUACAACGGUCACCUGGUCAGCUGUGACAACUGGAUGAACAUCAACCUGAGAGAAGUCAUCUGCACCUCCAGGGAUGGCGAUAAGUUCUGGAGGAUGCCCGAGUGCUACAUCCGAGGAAGCACCAUCAAGUACCUGCGAAUCCCUGAUGAAAUCAUCGACAUGGUGAAGGAGGAGGUGGUGUCGAAGGGCCGCGGACGUGGAGGCGCCCAGCAGAACAAGCAGCAGGGCAAAGGCAGAGGAGGAGGUGGCCGAGGUUUGUUUGGUGGCCGUGGCCGAGGGAUGACGGGUCCCGGUCGGGGCCAACAACAGCAGCAGCAGCAGCAGGAUAAGAAACCAGGAAAACCACAGGGAAUGAAGAACCAGCACUGACAGGCAACGGCUCAUCCUGUCUGUCAGAACGAUUCCUCCUUCAGUACAUGAAGACAACAUUAACUGGUGUGUGUUUCUGCUGUGAUGUUUGACAACCGAACGUUGUAGAAAUCUCACCGGGAGACGUCGAGAGAAGCUGUGCUGUGGCACUGAAUUUAGUUUUUUUUUUUUUUUUUUAGCAUCUGGAAGUUGGUAUUAACAUUUCUUUUAUUAUUAUGAACACAUGUACCAGUCAGAGCCCGCAGACUUCACCUUUCACUGUUGGUUUAUGUGCGAUUACAACAACACAAGCAUGUUGUAUCAUAGACAUGAUCUAAAGUCUUGGGUUCAUCUGUUGGUUCACUGGAGCAAGGUUUUUACUUCUGGUUUUCUUUGGUCAGUCGUCGUCUCAGGUGUAGUUUUCAUGGUGUAGAAAGCACCAACUUCUGUUGCAUGGAAAGUUUUCUUUUUUUUUUUUUAACUUGCUCUUCAUUUCUCUGUUUGUGAUGUUCUGUUUGCGGUUUAGUUUUGUCCUUCUCCAGCACUGAUCACAGCAGAGCGGCAGUCAGGAGCCGAGGGUUCAGCCCCAGAUAAUCAACACUUUUGUUAAAGCAUUUCUGACACGUGAUGAUGUUAAUUAGGUUUAUAGGGAGAGAGGAAAAAAAAAAAAUUCUCAUAUUCUUAAGUCUGAAAUGGGUAAUUCCACCGUUGGGUUUCAUUUUUAUUUUUGUAACAUGAGACGAUAUUGUAAUUUAUUUACAGGAGAACAUGAGAAUAAAACAGUUUUUGUUAAA